AUGGCACAGGAUCCCCGAGUCCUACUACAGAAGGCAGAUAAAGCACUUCAAAGUGCUUCAGGUGGAUUCAGCCUUUUCGGUGGGCGAACGGAAAAAUACGAAAAUGCUGCAGACCUCUAUUCACAAGCCGCCAAUGCUUUCCGGGCACAGAAGAUGAACAAGGAAGCGGGCAUGGCGUUUGAGAAAGCUGCCACUGUUUUCACCACCAACCUGAACGAGCCAGACGAUGCGGCCAACCUCUUGACUGAAGCGUUUAAAGUAUACCGAAAGACAGACCCCGAAGAUGCAGCCCGAGUGCUGCAGAUUGCCAUCCGGCAUUAUAUUUCUAAGGGAAACUUCAGACGGGCUGCGACCCACCAACAAAACUUAGCUGAAAUAUACGAGGUAGAAAUUGGCGAUGAAGGACGGGCGUUGGAAGCCUAUGAAAAGGCCGCGGAAUGGUUCGAAGGAGAUAACGCGGAAGCGCUGGCGAACAAGCAUUAUCUCAAAGUCGCAGAUCUUGCCGCGCUCAAAGGAGAUUACUACAAAUCCAUCGAGCACUACGAACGCGUUGCAAAAUCCUCCAUUAACAAUAACCUGAUGAAAUAUUCCGUGAAAGACUACUUCUUGAAAGCUGGCAUCUGCCACCUUGCGUCAAAUGACCUCGUCGCUACCAAUCGUGCUCUCCAAAACUAUAGAGACCUAGAUAACUCCUUCACGACGACUCGUGAACAUAUGCUCCUCGUUGAUUUGGCGCAGGCUGUUGAGCAGGGCGAUGCAGAGUCCUUUGGCGACAAGUUAUUCCAAUAUGAUCAAUUAAGCAAGCUGGAUAAGUGGAAAACAGCAAUAUUACUCCGUGUCAAGAACAGUAUCGAAGAACCUGGGGAAGACUUUUCAUGA